AUGUCUCUCGAUGAUUUCAGAGGCUGUGGGUUUGGACUGGGACCAGCUCUGUCAUUUGCUGACUUAAUUAAAAGGAUCAACACUGUAGAUACGAAUAAAAUUCCUUACUCGAAAUAUUUUGAAAUUUUUUCUUUCGAAUUCUGGUCACUUGAACAUUACAUUAUUUGGGUUAUUGAUAAACACGAGUUUACGGAUAAGGAUCAAGCUCUUCACAUAUUUUACGAAUCUUUGCAAAGAAUCGUCAAUGAUGAAAACGCCUCUAUUAGAAAUAAAGAAUCUGCUCGAAUACUUCUGAAAAAUAAGAUGUCUGAUCCUGCUAAAGUAGCUCACAUAUGGGCUAGUAACAGUCAAAUCUCUGAGGUACGUAAGGCAAUCAAGGUGGUAGAAGCGCAUAUGGAAUUGGAUAACAUAACCAACCAACGUGUAGAAAAAUUGAAUGCGCAAAAAUUGAUAUCAGAAGAAGCAAUCUUCGCUUCGAGAGAAACAAGAGAAACAAGAGAAACAAACUUCACGUCAAGAGAAACAAAUCCUCCGCCAAAAGAAACAAAUCUCCCAUCAAAAGAAAAACGAAGUAACAUUCAUCAUGAAGUUAAUGAGAGUUCGAAUUCGAUUAAAAAGAUCAAAACCACCGGUAGUAACAUUGUUGAUAUAGAUCAAAUCCAAAUCUUAAACGUUGAACGUUAUGUUAAGGAUCAAAUCUCAAAUGCCGAACGUUUUGCUAGGGAUCAAAUUUCAGACGCCGAACGUUCGGCUAGGGAACACAUCUUAGACCUCGAAAACCUUUCCAAGGAUCAAAUCUUAGAGGUUGAGUGUUUAGGUACAAGCUCGGUUUUUAAAACUAUUGCAGUAGAUGGAAUAAAGAAAGAACCGAUAUUACCACACGGAAGAGCUAAUUUGCUAUCCGUUCGUCGUAACGCUGGAAUGUUAUUCGUUGAUAAGUCAGAAUAUAUUGAGAAACUGGAGAAACUUGAUUCAAAAUUUCGAGUUAUGCUCCUUAGACCACGUCGUUUUGGAAAAUCUUUCUUCCUUGACAUGCUUUGUUUGUAUUAUGAUAUUCAAACUGCGGCCUUCUUUGAUCAACUUUUCGGCCCAUUAUAUAUUGGAAAGCACCCAACACGGUCCCAUAACACACAUCUUGUUCUUAGAUUUGAUCUUUCAACAAUUGCUGAAGAUUCACAAGAAGGGAUGAGACUAGUUUUUAAUGAUGUGAUAAAUACAACUUUGCGUGAUUUCAUCAUGAAAUACACGGUAGAACUGGGGUAUCCAAACAGUCACAAUUUAAUUGUGAAGAAAGCUACUACAUCUUUACUCAGUGUUUUUAAUUUGGUGCAGAGUCGGGGUUUUGAUCUCUUUGUUGGAAUUGACGAAUAUGAUACUCCGGGUAACACCACUGCUUUCAGAAUGGAUGUCAAUAAGGAACGUAAUAUUGGCAAAAUUGAACAAUUUUUUAACGUCGCCCUCUUUUCAAUGCUCAAAAAGGGUUGUCAAGACGUAAUCGACAAGUUAUAUGUGACGGGUAUUUCUCCCGGUUUUAGUGCAUCUCUCGAUAUAAUUUUAGAGGACAUAUCCAGUAAUUCCGAUUUUCAUGGUAUAUGUGGAUUUACUGAUGAUGAAGUCAAAACGAUUAGCUUGUGUUAUUUUAAUAAUAAUGAACAGAUAAUGAAUGAUGUUUUAGAUCAAAUAAAUCGGUUAUAUAAGGGAUAUCGUUUCCUGAACACAGAUGAAGAUAUGAUUGCACCUUUAUACAAUUCACAGCUAAUUUUUCAUUAUCUUAUAGAAAAAAAAGGUCAGGAAUUUGUUGCUUUACAUUCAGAAUCCGUAUUUUUGAACUUUUCUCGAGUUCUUAAAACCAUUAUUGAGCAAAGUCCUGUGUCCAUCAAUGAUGUCAUUGAUCUCCUUAUUCACGGUUCAGUGCCAACCUCAGUUAUAAGCAAUUUUAAUUAUUCGGAUGUUUUCAAGAUUGAAGGGGAAGAACCAUCAAUUAAACAAAAGCAGCUUACUUGGUCCAUUCUAUAUUAUUUUGGUAUGUUGACUCGUCGUGUGUCGGGGGAGUUAGUUAUACCAAAUGAAAUAAUAAGAACUGAGAUCAUAACGCGAGUUUCAGAUCAUAUAAGUACAAAAAAGGAUAUUGGUUCACAGAUAUUUCCAGCUUGUGUUAGCCUUAUGCAGGGUAACGCUAAUUACUUCGUGGAUCUUAUUAAGGGCUUUUUUAUGACUAGAUCAAUGAGUUCAGUAUGUACAAUGAAUGAAUCAGCACUUCAAACUGCUAUUGAGAUCCUUUUACCAUCUGCACUUCGUAUACCGGAGGUUUGCCUUGUGAUUGAUGAUGGGACAAAUCAAAAAGGACAAUAUUGUUUUGUGGAUGUCUUCAUUCCUGAAGGUGUAAAUAUAGAAAAUCCUUUAUCGACUGUAGCUUUAAAAUUGAAAUAUAUAACACUUAUGGGAUUGUUAAGUGGAACAAAAAAGCAAUGGAUUACUACUCCUGAACCCAAGAUAAUGGAAUGGUUGGAUAAAGAGAUAGAAAAGGAAAACCUUGAACAGUUGCUAAAUCGAGAUUAUAUGUAUUGGUCAAUAGAAAAAAGAGGUUAUGUGAUAAAUAAGGUAGGAGACUUCUUGAAUUAUGGACAACUAGAACUCGAUAGAUAUAAUCAUGCAAUCGCAAAUGGCAAAGUAAGAGAUUGUCUCGAUGCGGGAGUUCUAGACUCUCGUAUCGGAACCAAAAGAUUCCCAAGUCAACUGAGAACAUAUCUUAUUAUGACCUUGGGAUCUCGUCGUGUCAUGGUAUGGCCUUCCGAGCCAGUGGCAAUUGAUUGGAAGUAUUACAUAAAUAACUAA